AUGAAACGUGAAAUCAGCAUUGAUGACAAUUUUGAAUCAAUUAAUUUGGGAAAGAAAUUAUCGAUUAUUGGAGAUGAAUUCAAUGAGGAAUUAAUGAAUACUAAGAAGCCUAUUACAGGAUCUUUAUCACAACAAGAAAUUAUUAAUGGACUUUCUGUUACCUUGAUAAAUCAAUCAUAUGAACAAGAGGAGUGUAAUGAAUUAGAAUAUGAAUUAUCCACAAGAAAUAUUAUUUAUGAAAAUAACUUUUAA